CCACCAGCUAGGUGAAGGUGAGUGAGAGUCUCCUCCAGCCACCUUGGACAGACCUCAUUGAGAGGCAUCUGGGCGCUUUUUGGGGGGUGGGAAACGUCUCGACGGAUCGUGUUCUCCCGCCAUGGCGCCUCCGUCGGUCUUUGCCGAGGUCCCGCAGGCUCAGCCGGUUCUUGUCUUUAAACUGACCGCCGACUUCCGGGAGGAUCCCGACCCCCGCAAGGUCAACCUGGGAGUGGGAGCAUACCGCACGGAUGACAGCCAGCCCUGGGUUCUCCCCGUGGUACGGAAGGUGGAGCAGCAGCUGGCUAAUGACAAUAGUCUCAACCACGAAUAUCUGCCCAUCCUGGGCCUACCUGACUUCCGGACCUGUGCUUCCAGCCUUGCCCUUGGGGCGGACAGCCCAGCUUUCAAGGAGAAGCGGGUAGGAGGUGUGCAGUCUCUGGGGGGUACAGGCGCCCUUCGAAUUGGAGCUGAGUUUCUAGCACGGUGGUACAAUGGAACCAACAACAAGGACACACCUGUCUACGUAUCCUCACCAACCUGGGAGAACCAUAAUGGUGUAUUCGCUGCAGCUGGAUUUAAAGACAUUCGGUCCUAUCACUAUUGGGAUGCAGCAAAGAGAGGACUUGACCUGAAAGGUUUCCUGAAUGACCUGGAGAAUGCACCCGAGUUCUCCAUCUUCGUUCUCCACGCCUGUGCACAUAACCCUACGGGGACUGACCCAACCCCUGAGCAGUGGAGGGAGAUUGCUGCCGUCAUGAAGCGCCGGUUUCUGUUCCCCUUCUUUGACUCAGCCUAUCAGGGCUUCGCAUCCGGAGACCUGGAGAAAGAUGCCUGGGCUGUUCGCUAUUUUGUGUCCGAAGGAUUCGAGCUCUUCUGUGCCCAGUCUUUCUCCAAGAACUUCGGGCUCUACAACGAGCGUGUGGGGAACCUGACCGUGGUGGCCAAGGAGUCAGAUAGCAUCCUGCGUGUGCUGUCCCAGAUGGAGAAGAUUGUGCGCAUCACGUGGUCCAACCCUCCCUCACAGGGUGCCCGCAUUGUGGCCCGCACCCUCUCGGACCCACAACUCUUCAAGGAGUGGACGGGAAAUGUGAAGACAAUGGCUGACCGGAUUCUUACCAUGAGAUCUGAACUUAGGGCACAGUUAGAAGCCCUCAAGACCCCUGGCACCUGGAACCACAUCACUGAGCAGAUCGGAAUGUUCAGCUUCACUGGGCUGACACCCAAACAGGUUGAAUAUCUAAUCAAUGAGAAGCACAUCUACCUGCUGCCAAGUGGUCGGAUCAACAUGUGUGGCCUGACCACCAAAAAUCUAAAUUAUGUGGCCACGUCCAUCCACGAAGCAGUCACCAAAGUCCAGUGAGCAGCACCUGCAAACCAGCAGCACCAAAGUCAUCCUUGCUCCCGCAUGCUCCCUUCUUGCACGAACCUAGCUGAAACAUCUCCCGCUCAGACACCACCCAUGGAAGGAGGCCAAGGUUGCGAGGGGAGGCAGUCUCUGCCAAGACAGUCCCCGUGUGCAGAGAGCUUCUCUCAGAAAGAAGAGGGUGCCUGGAACUGAAGCCCUGUUGGAGACUGGAGUAAAUCAAGAUUUUUAUUUAAGAAGAAUAAAAAGGUCCUCAAAUCAUGCACUGUAGAUAUGUCUCUCCCUUGCCAGAAGCUGGAGCGUUGCCGGCUCCUUCCAAGUCUAGUCCCCAAGUUCAGACUGUUGGAGAAGCCAGGUGUGAUUGUGGGUGUUGGCUGUGUCAUUAAAUGUGUUGUUUCCACCCAGAGCGCGUGUGUGUCUGCUCUCUGCAUGGUUAUGGCCUUUGUCCUCUGCUUGAGUUCUGUAGGAUGCAAAGUGUCUUCCUCUGUUCUUCGCCACCCACACCAAACCAGUUUCACAGAACAGUAUUUUACCUUGGUAAUGUGUAACACAUGCUGUUCUUUUUAGUCUAUUCUGAUCUAUUUCACUAGAAAAAAAAAUAAAAGCAGUGAUUGAGAUGCAGGGA